AUGUUUUCUAGCCAAGGGCCAAACUUGACUGAUGUUCUGAACUCUAAAAUCAAGACAGCUGGGAUUUGGAAAGAUUCUGUUGAAGAAAUAGAUUCCAGUCCUGGAUCUGUUGAAAUUGUCUCCGUUGUAGAAGAUGAACUGCCAGGAUCUGAGCUCUGCUUUUUCUACAAAAGAUUGUUCUGCCUGCAACAAGCAAAAAUAGAUCCCGGUGAAAAUGAAAAUGGAGAGAUCUCAACACCUCCGUGCCAUGGCUUAAUUCCACUCGGGCAGCUUCCCCUUAUCCUCGCCUUAUUACUCACUGUAAUCAUAGCAGUUGCCAUUGGCCUGGGAGUUUACUUCAACUGCAUUGGGGGAUUUCGGUGCAGGUCGUCCUUCAGAUGUAUUGACCAAACAGCAAGAUGUGAUGGAGUCUUCAACUGUAGAGACGGAGAGGAUGAAUAUAGAUGUGUCAGACUGAGUGGCAAGAAGGCUGUGUUGCAAGUGUUUGCUUACGGAGCCUGGAGGACUGUGUGUUCAGAAAACUGGCAAGAAACCUAUGGAAGAGUUACAUGUAAAUACUUAGGUAUCUCAAGCUUUGUGAGUUCAAGGGCCUACCCAGUGACCGCUAUUGAAGAAGCGUUUCAGAGGCAUUUUGUUGCUGCAGAUCAUUGGUUGUCAGCCGAUCAGCUGACAUCUCCACAGAACACCACAUCCUUGCGAGAAGAGUGUGCCUCCGGCUAUGUGAUCAUCCUAAAAUGUUUGGCGUGUGGUGCUCGGUCCAGGUAUGCCCCCCGUAUAGUGGGAGGAAAUGCGUCGAUGCCCCAGCAAUGGCCAUGGCAAGCCAGCCUUCAGUUUCAAGGAUAUCAUUUGUGUGGUGGAUCUAUCAUCACCCCUUGGUGGAUUGUAACAGCAGCCCACUGUGUUUAUGAUUUGUACUUCCCAAGAGCUUGGAGUGUGUAUGCGGGCUUUGUAAUACUGGAAGAAGGCCCUGCUAAUCCAUAUUUAGUGGACAAAAUUAUAUACCAUAAAAAUUAUAAACCCAAAACAAUGAAGAAUGAUAUAGCAUUGAUUAGGCUGGCCAAACCACUUGCACUAAAUGGUAAUAUAGAGCCAAUUUGUCUUCCUAAUUAUGGAGAACAUUUUCCAGAGGGGAAAAUGUGUUGGAUAUCAGGAUGGGGAGCUGCAGAAGAAGGAGGUGAUACGUCAGAGAUUCUGAAUUAUGCUGGUGUCCCUUUGAUUUCUAACAAAGUGUGCAACCACAGAGAGGUCUAUGGGGGAAUCGUGGCUUCAUCAAUGCUCUGCGCAGGUUAUUUACAAGGAGGCAUAGACACAUGUCAGGGAGACAGUGGGGGACCAUUGGUAUGUGAAGAUCGGAAUACUUGGAAGCUGGUAGGAACAACCAGCUUUGGGGUGGGCUGUGCGGAAGAAAAUAAACCAGGGGUCUACAGUCGCAUCACCUCAUUUCUGGAUUGGAUACAUGAACAAAUGGAGGUUUACUUUCCAAUAGUUUCUUCUCCCCAGCCUUACCUUGAUAGUGGGGUCAAGGGGCUUACCUUAUCAAUGGUUUCCUUAAUUGCAACUUCUUCCCCCUGUUCCAUACAAGUGAAUGGAGCAAGGGGAGGCGAUUUGCACUCCUUUCAUGCAUUGUAUUAUGUUGGACAGAGGAGCAAUUGUUAA